AUGUCUUACCCAACUACCCUUCCCGAGAAGCUCCCAGAGGAAGCGAUCCAGCCUGUCAGUUCGUCUCUGUCCGACUACGAUGCCGAUCUCUCGUCGUCCGGCUACACAGAAAGUCCGGAUCUUGAAGAUCGCGAGAAAUAUGCCGGAAUACUAGCAGAUACAAAGAAAAAGGACAAGGCCACGCCGGGUCUUCGCUUCGUUGUAUGGACGGCAAUCAAUGUUGCUUCCACCGUUGCCAUAGUCGCCUUUGCUGCAUAUCAUUUCUUCAUCACCGGGGCCACAUUAUGGCUCAUCUCUCGCCCGCAGUGCGCCGUCUUCAUACCGAAACAGGUGUCGGUAGUGCAGAUGAUCCCCCUGGCGGCCGCGAUGUGUAUCCAGGUGAUUCUUCAGAAUCUCUCGCUUGCAUAUUCGUCCGUCAUGUUCCAUCAGCUGGCUCGGUUACUCUUGACCCCAGUCGUGGCCUUACUCAACUACAUGCUCUACUCGACCAAGAUCCCGCGAACGGCCGUCUCCCCUCUCAUCCUGCUGUGUUCCGGCGUCGGAAUCGUUUCCUACUAUGACUCCCUCGCGAGCAACGAGAGCGCCGCGAGUACUUCGGCCUGGGGAACGCUAUUCGCUCUUGCCGGCGUCGGUGCCAGUUCAAUCUACACGGUAUGGAUUGGGCAGUACCACAAGAAGUUCCAGUUGAAUAGCAUGCAGCUUCUCCUGAACCAGGCCCCAGUCAGCACCGUCUUGUUGCUGCUCACUGUGCCUUUUACUGCGACUCCGCCAUUGGGGGCUGUUCCAGUGUCCAUGUGGAUUCUAAUCUUAAUGAGCGGCAUCUUUGCCUCCCUGGUGAAUCUCUCGCAGUUUUUCAUUAUCGACUUGGCUGGCCCCAUCAGUGGGACGGUGGUCGGUCAGCUCAAGACGUGCAUCAUCGUUGGGCUGGGGUGGUCUUUUAGCACGCAUCCCAUCUAUUUUCAGAGCAUUGUUGGGAUUUUCCUGGCCUUGGUGGGCAUGAGCAUAUAUAUGCGGGUCAUUAUCCAAGAGCAGAGGUAA